AUGUCUCUCCUCUCAUCCGUUCUUGUGGCGAUCGUGAGUCUUGUGGUGGCAUCUCUUUUUCUUUCUCAUCCCUCACCACCAUCCACAAAAGAUUCCAAUUCUCUUUUUAAAAUUUAUCCUCGCAUUGGAAAUGUGACACCUUUUCAUACACAUCGAGUGCACAUGCUCUAUAUUUCUGGAUUCGCUGAUUAUGAUCACGUUCGGAAAUUACUGAUCGAAGAGAAGUGUGGCAGCAACAACACAUCACAAAGAGAUGUUUCCAAAUGUGAAGAUGAGUUAGAGUUUGAACCUGUGAAAAUUGUGAAAGCUGCUCCAUCAUCAUCACCAAUCAAGAAUAAUGCAUGGGAUGGAAAUCAUCAUCCUCCUGUUUUGACUCCUCUCAUUAUUGGAAAUGUAUUCUAUGAGGAAUCAUCGGCCGAUUCCUAUGCCGAGUUAAUUCCUGGAGUUCUUUUGCAAAAAAGAGGAAGUAAUGAAAGUGUAAACUGUCAAGAUGAAUUGUGUAUUUUCAAUGAAAUGUUUUUCAAUAGAAAUUUAAUUGCCAAACUGUUAAAGACCUUUGUCAAUGGAACUAAAACUCAUCGCAUUGGAAGAAAAUAUUUGUGUGUCGACAAGUAUUUGAGAAGAAUGUUUUACAAGAGAGAUUCAUUGAUGAAUGCAAUUGAACAUGUCGAGUUGAAUAUCCCAACUUUAGAGGAUGAUGAUGUCACUUCUUCACUGGAUUACCAAAUGCAUUUGAAUUUAAAUUAUGAUCUUUGGAGUUUAUUGAAAAGUGCCAUUCAAAUGGUUCAAUCCUUUGGAAUCAAAAAUGUUCUUAAACUUGGCGUUCAAACAACACUUUUAGGUCUUCCAGUUCAAUUACCAUUAAUGGGUGUGAAAGGAAUUUCUGAAUGGAAAGAGUUUGACACUCGAGAUCCAAUUCUUAUUCAAAAUCUUGUUCUCACUUCUCCCUUAUUCCCAAUCGUGAAAUGGAAAGAGUUGAAAUCCAAUCCAAAUAAUCGUUUAAUCUUUUUAGAAAAGGGAGAUAUUUCACAAUAUUAUUUACCUUUCAAGUUUCAACCUCUUGCAGUGUUGGAUUUGAAGAAUGCGCAAUUUGUCAUGACACCACCGAUCAAUGUUGGAAGUGGCAUUGGUGAUGAUGAACAAGUGAAAGCGUAA